AUGGGAAUAGAUCCUGUAAAUCCUUUCGAAUUACCUUUAUUAAAUACAGUAAUAUUAUUAUCAAGUGGAGCUACAAUUACUUAUGCUCAUCAUGCUUUAAUAAAAGGAGAUAGAUCAGGAGCUAUUUACGGAACUAUUUUCACAGUAUUAUUAGCUAUAAUAUUUACAUUCUUCCAGGGAGUUGAAUAUAGUGUUUCAUCUUUUACAAUAAGUGAUGGAGCAUUUGGAACAUGUUUCUUUUUUGGUACAGGAUUUCACGGAUUCCACGUUAUAAUUGGUACAAUUUUCUUAUCUAUCAUCAUCAUCUUGGUUAUGAAGGUGGAAUAUUAUACUGACACUUUGUUGACGUAG